AUGUUCCGUCGAAUUAUUCUAUCGAGUGCUGCUACACGUGGCAUGACGCGUAUGUCUCAGCAAAUACGCUGCGUGAGUGAGACUUCAGUGUGUUUUGCUAAUGAAAAGCCAACGGACGAGACCGCUGGUACAGAAGAGCUUAAAGCUGAAGAGUCUACUACUACUGAGCUGUCCGAGACAGAAUCACUGCAGAAUAAAGUAAAGGAGCUCUCAGCCCAGAACAAGGACAUGAAUGAUCGUCUUUUACGUGCACUUGCUGAUGCUGAAAAUGUGCGUCGUAUUUCUCGCAUUGACGUGAACAAUGCACGUGAAUUUGCCAUUUCUAAAUUUGCCAAAGCACUUUUGGAUGUGUCGGAUAAUCUCAAGCGUGCACACGAGAGUAUUGAUGUGGAAGCAUUGGAGCCAGACAAGCACCUGGACGCCAUCAAGGUAUUACAUGAAGGUGUCGUGAUGACGGAGAACCAACUGCAGAAGGUCUUUCGAGAGUUCAAGAUCCAUCAAGUAGGCGCCGUGGGCGACAAAUUCGACCCUAACGUGCACGAUGCGCUUUUCGAGUACGAGGAUGUCUCUAAGGAAGCGGGAUCCAUUGGUCAACUCAUGAAAGAUGGUUAUCUGCUGAAUGAGCGUGUCAUUCGCCCAGCGCAGGUGGGUGUCGUCAAGGCUCCAAAGGCUCAAAAUCUUAAACGUGAGUGGCGACUUCCGCUAUUUUGUGCUUGGUUGAGUCUUAGAGCAGACGUGAUUCUAGUCGAAACGAUACCUAGCUACUGUGUAGCGAGCACUCCAAACUCGAUGAAUGGGCUCGUGAAGUAUUCGCUUCGCUAUCUCUGGAGCAACAGCAGGCGUCGCUUUUGA